UAAAGUGUCACUUCGGCGAGCAAAUAAAAACAAAACUGAAGUUCAAGUUGAACAUUUUGCUAAACAUUAAAGUGAAUUUUAAAACAAAAUGAGUUCCGAAUCACAGAGUACAAGCGAAAAUUCUGAUUUUCUCUCAUUCAAUUCGAAUAGAAACAAUGAGGAUGGUCAAAAUGUGCGAAACAACUUUCAGUAUCGUCCGUACAAUCGAAAUCGCAACCAGAGAAAUCACAAUUUUCGACGCGAUCAAUUUAUGGGCGGCCCGAGAAACGAUGGCGAUGCCGGAUUUUCACCAGCUGAUUUUAGCAGCCCAGUCGGUGGCUAUCAACAGAGAUUCGACAGAGGAUUUCGCGGUCGACCCAACCACAUGAACCAGUAUCAGAAUCAACGCAAUUUUAAUCAGUUCAAAAAAUUCGGUGGCCAUAAUCACCGAGGUGGAGGUGGCGGCGGUGGCCAUAAUUUCAAAGAUGCACCAAUUCAGCAAUAUGUCCAUCAAAGUAUGCUCGAAGACCCAUGGGCGCAAUGUCACAAAUUUAAUGGCACAACUCUGCCCGACAGCACACUUGAACCGCCACCAAGCAAAAGCGAAGCGUGUGAAGUAGCGGCCGAGUCUUAGAGUUUUAAGUCAAU